CUGAGUUUCUCAGGAGGGAAGAGUUGGGGAGGCUCUGGAGUCUGGGGAAUCGUUCAUACAGUAACCGGUUUGCAGCAACACAAUUAAGUGGAAUAUCAGUUUUUGGCUCUUGUGGAUGGACAUUGAGAAGCUUCCUUACUGCAAGGUUGCUGAAAACUCUGUCAGAUCUCUCUGAAGCGAGACCCUCUUAACGUUUGAUCAUUAUGGAGACUGAAGAAAUUGAGGAGGAGUUCGAGGAGGAGAUUGUGGAGUAUGAGGAGGAGGAAGAGGUGACAACGACGAUUACUCAGCAGGGUACACAGCAGGUUACACAGCAGACCAUGGUCUCUGGGGCUCAGGCGGGAGCCGGUGGCCUGCCCACCCGCAAGGUCAGGAAGAAGGUCAAGGUGGACACCUCCAAAUUCAUGACCCCUUACCUGGCCCACAGCCAGAAGAUGCUGGAUCAGUACAGUCACAACAAGUACCGUGAAGCCUAUGAGAAGAAUGUGAAGGGUCUGCCUUAUGCUAUCUCCAGUGACACUCCUGAGCUGAUUCGCAUUAAGAAGGCUCAGGAGCAGCUCAGCGAGGUCAAAUACCGCAUGGAGGGUUCGAAGGCUAGGACCCUGUGCAACUAUGAUGGCGAGGCUCGUGAGAUUGCCCAUGUGAAGCAUGUAACUGACCUGAUCAGCAAAGUUCUUUACAGGCAAAAGUGGGACGAGACAAAAGACCGCUAUCUGCUGCCACCUGAUGCUCCAGAGCUUGUACUGGCUGUGAAGAAUGCAGCAAACUACAGCAAGAAACUGUACACUGAGGUCUGGGAUGAGGAUAAGACCAUGUAUUAUCCUUACAGUGACAGCCCUGAACUUCGCAGGGUUGCCAAAGCCCAGGAGGUCCUCAGUGAUAUCAAGUACAAGAAGGGUCAUGAUGAGCGCAAGGCCAAGUAUACAUCCUUGGCUCUACCUCCGGAUGUGGAGCUGGCCAAGAAAGUCUUCACCCAGCGCAGUGAUCUCAAAUAUCAUGAAGAUUACAACAAGAAUGUCAAGGGCCACUGGUGUGAGACACCUUACUUUGACGUUGCCAUCGCAAGACAGGCCAUGGACAACCUUAGCUCCAAAAAAUACACGCAAGCAUUUGAGGACAUAAAAGACCAAAUCUACUUCAUGCAAACAGACACGCCAGAAUACACCGCUCGCAAGAAGGCUGGUAACGCUGCAAGCUCGGUCAAAUACAAGAAGGAAUACGAAAAGACCAAAGCAGUGGCUGGCUACAACGUUCUCCCCGCAACAGACAAUCCCCUGCUCACCCAGCUGAGAUAUGCUGGAACAAUCCUCAGUGAUAAAGUCUAUAAAGCCAGCUAUGAGAAAUCACGGGGAUCCAGCAUCAACUACUGUGACACGCCCAAGUUCAAGAUGGAUAAUGUUCUCAAGCAGUUUACUGACGCGCACUAUAAAACAAAGUAUGAAAAUGAGGUGAAAGGUCAUUACAUCGGCAGCUAUGAGGACAUAUACAUGCUGCACUGUCAGAAGAUGGAAGAAAUUAAGAGCAGUACAAAUUAUAAAGCAGAUUAUGAGGACAUAAAGACAAGAUGUUACUUCCCUCAAACCGUCACGCCAGAGUAUGAAGCCAUAAAGAGGGUUGGAGUGUGCAAAGAUAAACAAUAUCGCCAGCAUCCAGACACAGUUAAAUUCACUCAAGUGACAGACUCGCCUGUCAUGGUGCAAGCUGGAAUUAACGCCAAGCAGCUAAGUGACCUCAAUUAUAAAGCAAAGUAUGAAGAGACGAAAUUCAAAUGCUACGUACCUCCAGAUUACCCCUUCUUUAUUCAGUCAAGAGUCAACGCCUAUAACCUCAGUGAUACUUGUUACAAGUAUGACUGGGAGAAAACAAAAGCGAAGAAAUUUGAGGUGAAAGGGGACGCCAUUUCAAUCCUCGCUGCCCGUGCCCAUACAAAUAUUGCCAGCGAUUUUAAGUACAAGAAGGAAUAUGAGAAGAAUAAAGGACACAUGAUUGGUGCCCUCAGCAUCAACGAUGACCCCAAGAUGCUGCACUCUAUGCAUGUGGCCAAAAUUCAGAGUGGACGUGAAUACAAGAAAGACUAUGAAAAGUUGAAGACCAAGUACCACGCCCCUCUGGACAUGAUGCUGGUCACACUGGCUAAGAAGUCCCAGGCUAUUGCAAGCAUGGCUGGCUACAAAAAGAUCCCCACUAAUUACCUCCUGCCCUACAAUAGUAUGUCACUGGAGUUGGCCAAGCAAGGCAAUUUCAUCCAGAGUGAUAAUGAAUAUAAGUCUGACUACAACAACAUGGUCAAAGGUACUCCUUGGGUUCCCUUUGGGUCGAUGGAAGUUGAAAAAUGUAAGAAGGCCGGUGAGAUCCUUAAUGAGAAAAAGUAUAGGCAGCACCCAGAUACCAUUCCAUUCACUGCCAUCGAUGACCAUCCGGUCAUGUUGCAGUCCAAAGUCAACCAGAUGUUGAGGAGUGAUCUUCACUACAAAAAAGGUCUUGAGGAGGUCCAUCAGAAGUACUCCUUGCCUCCUGAUAUUCCAGAGUUCCUUCAAGCCAAAUGUAAUGCUUACAACAUCAGCAAGAAUUAUUACAAGAUGGCUUGGGAAGAGACUAUUGCGAAGGGGUACGAUUUGCAACCUGAUGCCAUCCCCGUCAAGGCUGCUAAAGCAGCUAGACAUGCAGCUAGUGAUUACCAAUACAAAAAGGCAUACAACAAGGUGAAGGGCCAACACAUCGGCUUCCGCAACAUUAAGGACGACCCUCUGCUGGUGCACUACAUGGAGCUGGCCAAGAUGAAGAGUGACAAGAACUACACGAAGGACUAUCACAAGUCCAAGGUGAAGUUCAGCUCCCCUGUGGACAUGAUGAGUGUGGUGCACGCUAAAGAAGCUACAGCUAAGCAGACCAAUGCCGGCUACAAGAAGCUUAUCCACCACUACACCCUCCUCCCAGAUUCGAUGAACCUGCAGCUGGCCCGUAGCAUGAGUACCAUAGCCAGUGAUUACAACUAUAAAAUGGAUUAUGAGUGCUCAGUCAAGGGCUCCCCCUGGGUCCCUAUUGGGUCACUGGCGGUGGAGAAAGCCAAGAUGGCUGCCGCCGCACUGGAUGAGGCAAAGUACAGACAGCACCCAGACACGAUCAAGUUCACUUCUGUCCUGGAAACCCCAGUCAAUGAGCAGGCUAAGCUCAAUGCCUUGCAGCUGAGUGAUAGAGUGUACAAAGCCAGUGGUGAGAAGUUCAUGCAUACUUACAACCUUCCAGUUGACACCCCAGGGCUCUUGCAGGCAAAGUAUAACGCAGCCAGUAUCAGUGAGUCCUACUACAAAUACCAAUAUAAGAAGGAUCUGCUGAAAGGACAUCACGUGAAAGAGGAUGCCAUUUCCAUUAUUGCUGCCAGGGCAUGCAGUAAUAUUGCCAGUGAUUUCAAGUAUAAGCUGGCUUACAACAAGGCAAAGGGCCACCACAUUGGUGUCCGCAACAUUAAAGACGACCCUCUGCUGAUCCACUACAUGGAUGUGGCUAAGAUGCAGAGCGAGAGAAACUACAAGAAGGACUAUCACAAGUCCAAGUUGAAGUACAGCUCCCCUGUGGACAUGAUGAGCGUGACUCACGCUAAAGAAGCUACAGCUAAGCAGACAUAUGCCGGCUACAGGAAGCUUAUCCACCAGUACACCCUCCUGCCAGAUGCUAUGAACCUGGAGUUGGCCCGUACCAUGAAUCGCAGCGCUAGUGAUUACGAAUACAAGGCUGAUUACAACUCCAUGGUCAAGGGAUCUCCAUGGGUGCCCAUAGGCUCUCUGGGUGUUGAAACCGCAAGAGUUGGUGGAGAGAUCCAGAGUGAUCACAGAUACCGCACUCACCCUUCAAAAUACCCCUUCCACAGGCUGAUGGACUCCAUGGAUCUGGUUUUGGCCACUACCAACAACCAGAUCUUGAACAAGCAAGCCUACACUGCAGCCUGGAACAAGGCUAAACUCAGUGUCCACGUCAUGCCAGACAGCCCUGAGUUUGUGCUUGCAAAGGCAAAUGCUGUCACAAUGAGUAAUAAACGCUACAAGGCUGGCUUGGACGAUAUGGCUAAAGCUGGCUAUCAUCUCACAAAUGAUGCCAUUUCUAUUUUGGCUGCGAAAUCUGGCAGCACUAUUGCAAGUGAUUACAAGUACAAGCUAGCUUUCCAGAAGUCCAAAGGGCACCACAUUGGUGUCAACAACAUUAAGGAUGACCCUCUGCUGACACACUACAUGGAGGUGGCCAAGAUACAGAGCGAGAAAAACUACAAGAAGGACUAUCACAAGUCCAAGUUGAAGUACAGCUCCCCUGUGGACAUGAUGAGCGUGACUCACGCUAAAGAAGCUACAGCUAAGCAGACAUAUGCCGGCUACAGGAAGCUUAUCCACCAGUACACCCUUCUGCCAGAUGCUAUGAACCUGGAGUUGGCCCGUACCAUGAAUCGCAGCGCUAGUGACUAUGAAUACAAGGCUGAUUACAACUCCAUGGUCAAGGGAUCUCCAUGGGUGCCCAUAGGCUCUCUGGGUGUUGAAACAGCAAGAGUUGGUGGAGAGAUCCAGAGUGAUCACAGAUACCGCACUCACCCUUCAAAAUACCCCUUCCACAGGCUGAUGGACUCCAUGGAUCUGGUUUUGGCCACUACCAACAACCAGAUCAUGAACAAGCAAGCCUACACUGCAGCUUGGGAGAAGGAAAAGCUCAAGAUCCACGUCAUGCCUGACAGUCCUGAGAUAGUUCUGGCCAAGGCUAAUGCAAUUACAAUGAGUAAUAAACUGUACAAUCUUGCCAAUGAACAAGCUAAGAAGAAAGGCCACCAUGUGGGUGUUGAUGCUAUUGCAAUCAAAGCAGCUAAGAACUGCACAACUAUUGCCAGCGAUUACAAGUACAAGACUGGCUACCGCAAGCAGGUUGGCCAUCACAUUGGAGCCCUCAGCAUCCAGGAUGACCCACUGCUAAUGUUGGCCUUGAACUCUGCCAAGAUUGCUAGUGAUGCUCUUUACAAGAAGCACUUCAACGAGUCCAAGACUAAAUUUAAUCUACCUGUGGACAUGAUAGCAUUUGAGCUGGCUAAGAAGAAUCAGAUCCAGGUCAACGAUGCUAACUACAGAACUCGCCUUCACAACUGGACCUGCCUGCCCGACUCCAGUGAUGUUGUCCAGGCUAGACAUGUCUAUGACAUUCAAAGUGAAGCUGUGUACAGGGCUGAUUUCAAACUGCAGCAAGGUACAGGGUGGGUUCCAAUUGGCUCACUUGAUGUUGAGAAAGCGAAGAAAGCUGGAGAGAUCCUGAGUGAUGCAUUGUACCGUCAGCACCCCAGCAACUUCAAAUUCACCAGCACAACUGAGGAUAUGCCAAUUGUCCUGGCUAAAGCCAUGAAUGACAAUAUUAACAAGCAAAGUUAUGUGAAGGCUUGGGAUGUGGAUAAGACAAAGAUUCAUAUCAUGCCAGAUGCGAUGGAUGUAGCACUGGCCAGACAGAAUAAGGCAACCUACAGUGAGAAUCACUACAAAAAAGCUUACAUAGAUGACAAGAAGAAGGGCUAUGACUUGCGCAAUGAUGCCAUUGGUAUUAAAGCUGCCAGGGCAGCCAGGGACAUUGCCAGUGAAUACAAGUACAAGACCGGCUACCGCAAGCAGGUUGGGCACCACAUCGGAGCCCUCAGCGUCCAGGAUGAUCCACUGCUCAUGCUGGCCUUGAACUCAGCGAAGAUUGCUAGUGACGCUCUGUACAAGAAGGACUUCAACCAGUCCAAGACUAAGUUCAAUCUACCUGUGGACAUGAUAGCAUUUGAGCUAGCUAAGAAGAAUCAGAUUCAGGUCAACGAUGCCCACUACAGAACUUAUCUGCACAACUGGACCUGCCUGCCUGACUCCAGUGAUGUUGUCCAGGCCAAGCAAGUCUAUGAGAUGCAGAGUGAUGCUGUGUACAGAGCAGAUCUGAAGUGGCUCAGAGGUGCCGGAUGGGUCCCCAUUGGCUCACUUGAUGUUGAGAAAGCGAAGAAAGCUGGAGAGAUCCUGAGCGAGUCAUUGUACCGUCAGCACCCCAGCAACUUCAAAUUCACCAGCACAACUGAGGAUAUGCCAAUUGUCCUGGCUAAAGCCAUGAAUGAUAAUAUUAACAAGCAAAGCUAUGUGAAGGCAUGGGAUGUGGAUAAGACAAAGAUUCAUAUCAUGCCAGAUGCGAUGGAUGUGGCACUGGCCAGACAGAACAAGGCAACCUACAGUGAGAAUCACUACAAAAAAGCUUACAUAGAUGACAGGAAGAAAGGCUAUGACUUGCGCAAUGAUGCCAUUGGUAUUAAAGCUGCCAAGGCAGCCAGGGACAUUGCCAGUGAUUACAAGUACAAGACCGGUUACCGCAAGCAGGUUGGCCACCACAUCGGAGCCCUCAGCGUCCAGGAUGAUCCACUGCUCAUGCUGGCCUUGAACUCUGCAAAGAUAGCUAGUGAUGCUCUGUACAAGAAGGACUUCAACAAGUCAAAGACUAAGUUCAAUCUACCUGUGGACAUGAUAGCAUUUGAGCUGGCUAAGAAGAAUCAGAUUCAGGUCAAUGAUGCCCACUACAGAACUUAUCUGCACAACUGGACCUGCCUGCCCGACUCCAGUGAUGUUGUCCAGGCCAGACAGGUGUACGAAAUGCAGAGUGAUGCUGUGUACAGGGCUGAUUUCAAACUGCAGCAAGGUACAGGGUGGGUUCCAAUUGGCUCAAUUGAUGUUGAGAAAGCGAAGAAAGCUGGAGAGAUCCUGAGUGAUGCGUUGUACCGUCAGCACCCCAGCAACUUCAAAUUCACCAGCACAACUCAGGAUAUGCCAAUUGUCCUGGCUAAAGCCAUGAAUGACAAUAUUAACAAGCAAAGCUAUGUGAAGGCUUGGGAUGUGGAUAAGACAAAGAUUCAUAUCAUGCCAGAUGCGAUGGAUGUGACACUGGCCAAACAGAAUAAGGCAACCUACAGUGAGAAUCACUACAAAAAAGCCUACAUAGAUGACAAGAAGAAGGGCUAUGACUUGCGCAAUGAUGCCAUUGGUAUUAAAGCUGCCAAGGCAGCCAGGGACAUUGCUAGUGAUUACAAGUACAAGACCGGCUACCGCAAGCAGGUCGGCCACCACAUCGGAGCCCUCAGCGUCCAGGAUGAUCCACUGCUCAUGCUGGCAAUUCAUGGUGCUAAGAUUGCUAGUGACGCUCUUUACAAGAAGGACUUUAACAAGUCCAAGACAAAGUUCCAUCUUCCUGUGGACAUGUUGUCCGUUGAGCUGGCCAAGAAGUGUCAGAAGCAGGUCAAUGAUUUCAACUACAGAACUCAACUGCACAACUGGACCUGCCUGCCUGACUCUAGUGACGUUGUCCAGGCCAGACAGGUGUACGAAAUGCAGAGUGAUGCUGUGUACAGGGCUGAUUUCAAACUGCAGCAAGGUACAGGGUGGGUUCCAAUUGGCUCACUUGAUGUUGAGAAAGCGAAGAAAGCUGGAGAGAUCCUGAGUGAUGCGUUGUACCGUCAGCACCCCAGCAACUUCAAAUUCACCAGCACAACUCAGGAUAUGCCAAUUGUCCUGGCUAAAGCCAUGAAUGACAAUAUUAACAAGCAAAGCUAUGUGAAGGCUUGGGAUGUGGAUAAGACAAAGAUUCAUAUCAUGCCAGAUGCGAUGGAUGUGACACUGGCCAAACAGAAUAAGGCAACCUACAGUGAGAAUCACUACAAAAAAGCUUACAUAAAUGACAAGAAGAAGGGCUAUGACUUGCGCAAUGAUGCCAUUGGUAUUAAAGCUGCCAGGGCAGCCAGGGACAUUGCCAGUGAUUACAAGUACAAGACCGGCUACCGCAAGCAGGUCGGCCACCACAUCGGAGCCCUCAGUGUCCAGGAUGAUCCACUGCUCAUGCUGGCAAUUCAUGGUGCUAAGAUUGCUAGUGACGCUCUUUACAAGAAGGACUUCAACAAGUCCAAGACAAAGUUCAACCUUCCUGUGGACAUGUUGUCCGUUGAGCUGGCCAAGAAGUGUCAGAAGCAGGUCAAUGAUUUCAACUACAGAACUCAACUGCACAACUGGACCUGCCUGCCUGACUCAAGUGACGUUGUCCAAGCCAAGCAAGUCUAUGAGAUGCAGAGUGAUGCCGUGUACAGAGCAGAUCUGAAGUGGCUGCAAGGUACAGGGUGGGUCCCCAUUGGCUCACUUGAUGUUGAGAAAGCAAAGAAGGCUGGAGAGAUCCUGAGCGAGAAGUUGUACCGUCAGCAUCCCAGCAACUUUAGUUUUACCAGCACAACUGAGGCUAUGCCAAUUGUCCUGGCCAAAGCCAAUGCAUCAAUAAAUAACAAGUCCGCGUAUACUGAGGCUUGGAACAAAGACAAGACCCAAAUUCAUAUCAUGCCAGAUGCCAUGGAUGUGCUCCUUGCAAAGCAGAAUUGCAAAAACUACAGUUUGAAAUCAUACACACAAGAUGUUGUAGAUAUGUUCAAGAAGGGCUAUAACCUAAAACCUGAUGCCAUCGCAAUCAAAGCAGCCAAGCAUGGAAGAGAAAUAAUUAGUGAUUACAAGUACAAGACCGGCUACCGCAAGCAGGUCGGCCACCACAUCGGAGCCCUCAGCGUCCAGGAUGAUCCACUGCUCAUGCUGGCCAUUCAUGGUGCUAAGAUUGCUAGUGACGCUCUUUACAAGAAGGACUUCAACAAGUCCAAGACAAAGUUCCAUCUUCCUGUGGACAUGUUGUCCGUUGAGCUAGCCAAGAAGUGUCAGAAGCAGGUCAAUGAUUUCAACUACAGAACUCAACUGCACAACUGGACCUGCCUGCCCGAUUCCAGUGACGUUGUGCAGGCCAGGAAGGUCUAUGACCUACAGAGUGAUGCUGUGUACAAGGCUGACAUGGAGUUUAUCAGGGGUACUGGCUGGGUCCCCAUUGGAUCACUGGAUGUUCUUAAGGCCAAGAAAGCUGGUGAAAUUCUCAGUGACCACUUGUACCGCCAGAAGCCAGACCAAUUCAAGUUCACCCAAGACAUGCAGUCUAUGCCUAUGGUCUUGGCUAAAACAAACGCUGACACAAUCAACAAGAAACAAUACAUUGAAGCCUGGGAAAAUGAUAAGACGACGAUCCACUUAAAUCCAGAUAUUCCUGAAAUUAUACUGUCCAAGGCCAAUGCUAUUAACAUGAGCAAAAAACUAUACAAACAAGAUGUUGAAGAUAUGUUCAAGAAAGGCUAUAACCUAAGCGCUGAUGCCAUCGCAAUCAAAGCAGCCAAGCAUGGAAGAGAAAUAAUUAGUGAUUACAAGUACAAGACCGGCUACCGCAAGCAGGUCGGCCACCACAUCGGAGCCCUCAGCGUCCAGGAUGAUCCACUGCUCAUGCUGGCAAUUCAUGGUGCUAAGAUUGCUAGUGACGCUCUUUACAAGAAGGACUUCAACAAGUCCAAAACCAAGUUCCAUCUUCCUGUGGACAUGUUGACCGUGGAGCUAGCCAAGAAGUGUCAGAAGCAGGUCAAUGAUUUCAACUACAGAACUCAACUGCACAACUGGACCUGCCUGCCCGACUCCAAUGACGUUGUGCAGGCCAGGAAGGUCUAUGACCUACAGAGUGAUGCUGUGUACAGGGCAGAUAUGUCAUGGCUGAGAGGUUGUGGAUGGGUUCCUAUUGGCUCGUUAGACGUGGAGAAAGCCAAGAAAGCUGGUUCCAUCCUGAGUGAGAGACAUUACCGACAGCACCCAAGUCAGUUUCCAUUCACCUGCAAAACUGAUGAUAUGCCCUUUGCUCUGGCUCAGUCAAACGCUCAAACUAUGGACAAGAAAGCAUAUCAGGAAGCAUGGAAUAAAGACAAGACAACUAUCCACAUCAUGCCAGACACUCCUGAGAUCCUCUUAGCCCAACAGAAUAACAUCACCAACAGCAGGAAAUUAUACAGACAAGCAGUUGAAGAUAUGUUUAAGAAGGGAUACAACCUGAAGCCUGAUGCCAUCGCCAUUAAAGCAGCCAAGAAAUCAAGAGAAAUCAUCAGCGAUUACAAAUAUAAAGCGGGUUAUCGCAAGCAACAAGGACACCACGUUGGAGCUCUUAGUGUCCAGGAUGAUCCACUGAUUGUGCUGGCAAUGCAUGGUGUUAAGAUUGCGAGUGACAAUCUCUACAAGAAGGACUUCAACAAGUCCAAAACCAAGUUCCAUCUCCCUGUAGACAUGCUUAGUCUCGAGCUGGCCAAGAAGUGUCAGAAGCAGGUCAAUGAUUUCAACUACAGAACUCAACUGCACAACUGGACCUGUCUUCCCGACUCCAGUGACGUUGUCCAAGCCAGGAAGGUCUACGAUAUUCGUAGUGAUGCUGUCUACAAGGCUGAUAUGGAGUGGAUCCGUGGGUGUGGCUGGAUACCACAGGGUUCUCCAGAUGUUCUGAAAGCCAAACAUGCUCAGGAAAUUCUCAAUGACAGACUGUACCGCCAGCCUCCCAGCACUAUCAAGUUCACAAGUGCUGUUGACCUGCCAGAAAUUGUUCUGUCCAAGCAAAACGCAGAAAACAUUAGUAAUAGGAAUUACAAAGCGGCUUGGGAGAAGGACAAAACAUGCAUUCACAUCAAUCCUGACACACCAGAAAUCCUCCUCUCUAAGGCAAACUCUGUGAACACCAGCAAUAAACUGUACACCAACAUUUGGAACAAAGAGAAAGCCAAGGGAUACCACAUUAAGGAAGACGCCAUCUCUGUACUUAAAGCUAGAGCCUCCAGAGAUAUUGCCAGUGAUUACAAGUACAAGACCGGCUACCGCAAGCAGGUGGGCCACCACAUUGGAGCUCUCAGUGUCCAGGAUGAUCCACUGAUUGUGCUGGCAAUGCAUGGUGCUAAGAUUGCGAGUGACGCUCUCUACAAGAAGGACUUCAACAAGUCCAAAACCAAGUUCCAUCUCCCUGUAGACAUGCUUAAUCUCGAGCUGGCCAAGAAGUGUCAGAAGCAGGUCAAUGAUUUCAACUACAGAACUCAACUGCACAACUGGACCUGUCUGCCCGACUCCAGUGACGUUGUCCAAGCCAGGAAGGUUUACGAAAUUCGUAGUGAUGCGGUCUACAGGGCUGACUUGGAGUGGCUUAGGGGCUGUGGAUGGAGUCCCCAUGAGUCUGUGGAGGUCAAGAGAGUGAAACAUGCCCAGGAUAUCCUGGCUGAUAGAGGUUACCGUGUGAAACUGGAUUCACAGCCGUACACAAUUCCACAUGACCGAGUAGACUUGGCAUGCGCCAAGAAUGCAGCUGAUGUCCUGAAUGAGGCUAAAUAUCGUGAGCAAUGGCACAAGGACAAGACCACAUACCAUCUGACAGACACUCCGACACUGGCAACAUGCAGAGAGACAAAAAAGAAUCUCCACCCGAAACUGUACACUCAGGAAUGGAAUAAGACCAAAGCUACUGGAUACUUCAUGCCUGGAGAUGCCGUUGGCAUCCAGCAAUGUAUCAAGACAUCUAAGAUACAAAGUGAUCACAAGUACCAUGACAGCUACCGCAAGCAGGUUGGCCACCACAUCGGAGCCCUCAGCGUCCAGGAUGAUCCACUGCUGAUGUUGGCCUUGAACUCUGCUAAGAUUGCCAGUGAUGCUCUUUACAAGAAGGACUUCAACAAGUCCAAGACUAAGUUCAAUCUACCUGUUGACAUGAUAGCAUUUGAGCUGGCAAAGAAGUGCCAAAUCCAGGUCAACGACGAUCACUACAGAACCCGUCUGCACAACUGGACCUGCCUGCCCGAUCAGAAUGAUGUUAUUCAGGCCCGCAAAGUAUACGACAUCAACAGCGAUAUAAUUUAUAAAGCCGAUCUGGAAUGGAUCCGUGGAUGUGGAUGGGUUCCUGCAGAAUCUGUUGAUCAUGUCAAAGUCAGAAAAGCCCAAGAGAUCAUGAAUGAGAGACUUUACAAAAAGGACGCUAAGGAGGGCUUUAGCAAGUUCACUCUCAUUGUCGAUCGCCCUGAGAUUAUCCAGGCUAAAGUCAAUGCCUUCCAACUCAGUGACCUGAAGUACAAAGAGUCCUUCAAUGCGGAGAAGGGUCAUUACAUUGGUUCUGAUGACACACCCCAGAUGGCUCAUUGCAGAGAGUCUGCCAAGAACAUCAGUGAGAAACUGUACAAGCUGAACUGGGAUGAAAGCAAAGCCACUGGCUACCAACUGAACCAUGAGUACCUCCCUCUGCUGAUUGCCAAGAAAGCCAGGGACAGCGUCAGUGAUGCCAAGUACAAAAACGCCCAUGAGAAGGAAAAGGGCCAUUACAAGGCUGCCAACAUCCUAGACUUCCCUGAUGUGAUGCGCUAUGGUGAAAUAGAGAAGAUGAAGAACCUGAGGGACUACCAUAAGGACUACAAUGAGAUCAAGACUAAGCUUCACAUUCCUGUGGACAUGAUUAGCCAUGUUGUGGCCAGGAAAUGUCAGGACAUCCUAAGUGAAGAGAAGUACCGUACCUACCUCCACCAAUGGACAUGCCACCCUGACCAAAAUGAUGCUAUCCGUGCUCGCCGCGCCAAUGAGAUUUUGAGUGACGUCUUCUACAAGGAGGAUCUGAACUGGACAAAGGGCAUCGGCUGCUAUGCCUGGGACACCCCAGAAAUUCUUCGUGCCAAGAAGGCCUACGAGCUUCAGAGUGAUAUCAAAUACAAAGCUGAGGGCAAGAAGGAAUUCAACAACUACUCUAUUGUGACAGACACCCCUGUUUAUGUCACUGCUGUCCUGGGACACACCUGGGCCAGUGAGUUGAACUACAGAGAGGCAUACCACAGGGAGAAGCACUUGUACACCACCACUCUCGACACGUUUGACUAUGCCCGCUGUCAUAACCUCAAGCAUCUCUUCAGCACGACCGAUUAUACUGCCGCAUGGAACAAGAUCAAGGCCAAGAGCUACUUCAUCCCACACGACUCUCAUGCACUGGCCCAUGCUAAACGGCAGAGGGUUAUCCUCAGCCCUGCAAAAUACCGUGAGGAUUACGAGAAGUUCAAGUCCCUCUACAGCUUGCCCAAAUCCAUUGAGGAUGAUCCUGCCACACUUAGGUGCCUCAAUGCUGGAAAACUUGUCCUUGACCGUUUGUACAAAGAAAAAUAUGAGAAGACAAAGGCCAAGGUGACCGUGCCUCCUGACAUGGUUGACAUUGUAGAAUCACGAAGGACCCAGAAGGCCGUCAGUGAGAUUGAUUACCGCAAGAUUAUGCACCAGUGGAUCUGCCUGCCAGACAUGCAGGUCUUCCAGCACUCCCGCAAAGUUGCUGAGCAGUUCAGUGAUAUCUGCUACAAGGAUGACCUGAACUGGCUGAGGGGAAUCGGGUGCUAUGCCUGGGACACUCCUGAGAUUGUGCGUAGCAAGAACGCCAUGCAGAUGCAGAGUAAUAAUGCGUACAAAGCCAAGGGAAUUCAGCAGUUCAAGGAUUACUCUGUGGUGUUGGAGACUCCUGUGUAUGAGACAUGCAAGCUGAGCGCUCAUAACCUUAGUGAUCUCAACUACCGUCACGACUACGCCACCAAUGUCAAAGGACAAUUCACCUCUCCCGCAGUCACCGUUGAUACAGAGAGAGCUCGCCUCAAUCAGUACAUCCAGAGUGAUAACCUCUACAAAGAGGAAAGCAAGAGUGCCAUGGCGAAGGGCUAUGAGCUUCCCUACGACACUCCUGCCAUCAAACAUGCCAAGGCCACUUCUCUCAACUGCAGCGAUGUGAGAUACAAACUGAAACACGACCAAACCAAGGCCACAGGCUACUCCCUGGACCCUGAGGGUGUCCACUUUGUAACCAUCAGAAACGCCAACAAGAUCACCAAUGACCGUCUGUACCGCGAGAAAUAUGAGAAGACAAAGGACAAAAUCCACCCCAUCUACGACACACCAGAAACCCUGCAAGUCAAGGCCAACCAGGAAAACAUCAGUGAUCUGUGCUACAAGGAGAAGUUCCUUGCCAUUAGAGGCCAGCACAUUCCCAUGCCCAUCACCCCUCAGAUCAUGCACUGCUUCCAUGUCAACGAGAUCAACAGUGAGCUCAGGUACAAAGAGGAUCUGCUCUGGCUGCGGGGUAUCGGCUGCUUCAUGGCAGACUCUCCUGAGAUGACCCGCAUUCGCGAGUACACCAAGUUCAGGAACAACUAUGCAGUUGAAGCCAAGAAGAACUAUACCAACUUCUCUGUGGUGUUGGACACCCCGGAGUACCAGCGUGUGUCCGAGCUGAAGACCCACAUGAGCAAUUUGAUCUACAAAGCGCAAAGCAAACAGGAGAUGAGCAAGUGCACCAACACUUUAGACAGUGUGGAUUUCCAGAGAGCCAAAUGGGCCCAGAAACUGAACAACCAGUACCAGUACACCGAAGUCGCCUCCAAGGAGAGAGCCUUCUUCACUCCUGAGACAAACACUCCCACCAUUGUCCAUGCCAGACAGAUGAAAGUGAUGAUGAGUGAGACCAAGUACAAGGAUCAGUAUGAGAAGAUGAAGCACAGGUACACUGCCAUCCAUGACACCCCCAUGCUGGUUCGUGCCAAGAAAGCCUACCUGCAGUCCAGUGACCUGCGCUACAAGGAGACCUUCGAGCUGUCCAAGGGACACUACCACCCAACCAAGGAUGCUCUGGACAUUCUCUGUGCCAAGAGAGUCAGAGAUGACAUCAGUGAGGUCAAGUACAGAGAGAAGUACAUCAGUACUCUGGGAACCUGGAAGUCCAUCCCAGACCGUCCCGAGUUCUUCCACAGCAGGGUGGUCACCGAUUGCAUCAGUGAUCUCAAGUACAAAGAGGACCUGGACUGGAUCAAGGGCAUUGGUUGCUAUGUGUGGGACAGACCUGAGAUGGUACAAGCAGAAAAGAACAAGACUCUCUACAGCGAGAGGCUGUACAAAGCAUCAUUUGAGAAAAACAGAGGUAACUUCAAGUACACCUGUGACUCACCAUUCUUCGAGGCCGCCAAGAAUGCUUCAAUUCUCGCCAACGAUUCUAAGUAUAAGUCCAGGGCCAAGGAGCUGCUCAAGAGUGGCUGCAACGAGCUGCUCCGCCCUGACAUCCUGGGGGCCAUCUUUAACUCCAGCAUGUGGAGUAAGUGGAAGUACAGGGAGCAGUAUGAGCGUGCCAAGGACAAGUUCACCCCAGUGCUGGACACCCCUGAGCACCAGGUCCACAAGCGCAGAAAGCAGAUCAGCGAUAUUGUUUACAAGAUGGAGUAUAACAAGAACAAAGCUAGGGGCUACACUUUGCCCCAUGAUACUCCUCUGAACCAUCACAUGAAGAGAGUCAAGGAGAUCACCAGCGACCUGAAGUAUAAGGAAGUCUAUGAGAAGAACAAGACCCAUAUCACCAUGGAUCCAGAUGCCUUCGACAUCCGUGCUGCCAAGGAGGCCUACAAGAACAUCAGCAAUCUUACCUACAAGAAGAAGUAUGAAGCCAACAAGAUGAAGUGGAUCUGGACCGCUGACAGGCCUGACUUCCUCUACCAUGCCAGGAACCAGCUCCAGCAGAGUGAUAUUGAUUACAAGUAUGACAAGGAGAGUCUCAAGGGCUGUGUGAUUGCAGUUCCAGAGGACAAGUUGACAGAACUGGCUAAGAAGAAUACAGAGAUGUACAGUAAUGUGAAAUACAAGCAGAAGUAUGAGGAAGCUAAGGGACACUACAGGGCUGUUCUGGACACUCCACAGAUUCUUCAUGCUAAAUCAGUGGCUACUCUCGUCUCCGAGAGUAAAUACAAAGAGGCCAGCAAAAAGGACCAACAGUCUGGUUCCUUCACAACCCUGCCCCAGACUCGUGAGACCGUUCACAGCAAGGAGAUGGCCAAAAUGCAAAGCGGGAAACUGUACAAGAAGAAGUUCGAGCAGGAUAAGGGCAAGUCCAAGUACAAUGCAAUGAUACUUCCUCCUGAUGUUCUGCAUGCCAUGGACGUGGCCAAGAACCAGAGCAACAUUGCAUACAAGCAACAAGCCAAGGAAAAGCUGCAUUACACCCCAGUGGCAGACCGCCCAGACAUCAGGAAGGCCACUCAGGCUGCUAAGCUCAUAAGCGAUGUUGGCUAUCGUGACAAGGCUCGUCAGGAGGCAAGCCGCGGAGGGUCUCUGUCUUACCGCCCUGACAUUGCCCUGGCCACAGAAGUGUCCAAGUUGACUAGCACGGAGGAUAGGCCAAGCCUCCAUGGAAUCGCCUCCAUUGACACCCCCCAGAUGCGCCACAUUAAGAAAAUGAGUGCCCUGACUAGUGAUGUGAAGUACAAGGAGAAGUUUGACAAGGAAAUGAAAGGACAGAGGCCACAGUAUGACAUGAAAGAGAGCAAGAUUUAUAAAACUCUUAAGGAUGCAAAUACUCUUGCAAGCGAGGUGAAGUAUAAGCGUGACCUGAAGAAGAUCCACAAGCCUGUGACUGACAUGGCUGAAUCCCUGUCCAUGCAGCACAACCUUAGCACCAGCAAACUGUCCAGUGAUUACCGAUACAAGAAGAAGUUUGAGGAGAGUAAGGGUCACUACCUUAUGAUCCCUGACACACCUGAACAGCUUCACCUCAAAGAGGCAUCUGAACUGCAGAGUCACGUCAAGUACAAGGAGAAGUAUGAGAAGGAGAAAGGCAAGGCCAUGCUGGACUUUGAAACCCCCACGUAUGUGACCGCUAAGGAGGCCCAGCACAUGCAGAGCCAGAAAGACUAUAGGAAGGACUAUGAGGAAUCCGUGAAGGGCAAGAACCUGUCAGGCCUGGAGAUCACCCCGGCCAUGUUACAUGUCAGACAUGCCACCAAAAUAGCUAGCGAGAAAGAGUACAGAAAGGAUCUAGAGGAAGGGGUGAAGGGUAAAGGGCUUACAGUACUGGAGGAAACUCCGGAAAUGCUGAGGGCAAAGAAUGCUACUCAGAUCCUGAACGAGAGAGUGUACAAGAAGUCUUUGGAAGAGGAGAUCAAGGGCAAAGGAAUGUUGGCUUUGGCUACAGACACUCCAGACUUCAUGAGGGCCAGAAAUGCUACUGAUAUCCUCAGUCAGACCAAGUACAAGCAGGUCGCUGAUAGGGAUCGUUCUAUCUACACAACUGUGAUCGACACCCCCGACAUUAUCCACGCUCAGCAAAUCAGAAACAUUGUUAGCCAGAAAAAGUACAAAGAGGAAGCUGAAAGAACCAUGUCUCACUAUGUGCCCGUCAUGGACACUCCUGAGAUGCAGAGAGUGCGUGAGAACCAGAAGAACUUCAGCACUCUUCAGUACCAGACUGACCUUAAAAACAGUAAGGGCAAAGUUUCAGCAGUAGUGGAGACGCCCGAAAUGCUUCGUGUUAAAGAAAAUACAAAGAAUUUCAGCUCGAUUCGUUACAAGGAGGAUUUGGGAGGAGGAACAUCAAUCUCUGAGACCCCAGAGAUGGAGAGAGUUAAACGCAAUCAGCAAACUAUUAGCACGAUAAAGUACAAGGAUUCCUUGGGUCAAGGCACAGCCAUACCGGACCUCCCAGAGGUGAAGCGAGUCCGGGAGACCCAGAAGAACAUCAGCUCGGUUUUGUAUAAGGACCUCUCGGCCAAAGGAACGUCUGUGGUUUUCACUCCAGAGAUGGAGCGGGUGAAACGGAACCAAGAACACAUUAGCUCGGUGCUGUACUCUGACAGCUUCCGUAAGCAGGUGCAGGGCAAAGCCGCCUUCGUGCUGGACACUCCUGAGUUUAGGCGCGUGAAAGAGACACAGCGCAUUAUCUCUGGGGUCAGAUACCACCAGGACUUUGAGAAGAGCAAGGGAAGCUUCACACCCACUGUGAGUGACCCAGUGACUGAACGCGUGAAGAAGAACACUCAGGACUUCAGUGACAUCAACUACCGUGGCAUCCAGAGACGAGUUGUGGAGAUGGAGAGAAGGCGUGCCGAAGAGCACGACCAGGAGACCAUCACAGACCUCCGUGUGUGGCGCACAAACCCUGGCUCUGUCUUUGAUUAUGACCCAGCCGAGGACAACAUCCAGUCCAGGAGUCUGCAUAUGAUGUCAGUUCAAGCCCAGCGUCGCAGCAAGGAGCACUCUCGCUCCACUAGUGCCAUGAGCGGUGGAAUGGGUGAAGAGAGGUCGGAGUUGUCAGGUGAACAGGACCAGCACAUGUCCCUCUACAGCAACAAUAUAGCUGCCUCAUCGAUAGGUUACCAGCAGGCCAAGACUGUUGAGCUUCAGCAGAGGUCAUCAUCAGUGGCCACCCAGCAGACUACAGUGUCCUCUAUCCCAUCACACCCCUCCACCACUGGCAAAACUGUUCGUGCCCUGUACGAUUACGGUGCCGCUGACACCGAUGAGGUGUCCUUCAAGGAUGGUGAUGUCAUCGUGAACGUUCAGUCCAUUGACGAGGGCUGGAUGUACGGAACAGUGCAGCGUACUGGCAAGACCGGCAUGCUGCCAGCCAACUACGUGGAAGCCAUCUAAAGACAAGUCCAGAGCCCUCCUCCUUGUCUCCCUCCUGGAGUGAGCGUAGUACUCAUUCACUGGGUAAAAUUAAUUUAAAAAAAAGAACAGAAAAAAAGAAACUAACAUCCAAGGCUUCCUUCAUCAAAUGUUACUUGUUUAGUGGAUAGGCUUAGUUGUUGAGUAUGUUAAGUAUGUCUGAAGUUAUUUGUUAAUGCAGGCUUGUUUGCCUGUCUCCCCUUCCCCUGUGGAUGUAUUAUGAGAUUUUAAAAUGCUAAAACUGUAAUAAACACACCCGUAUAUGACAGACCACUGUAGGAUUAUUUAUAUUUUACUGUAGUAUUAUAACACAAAAGUAUGAAUUGACUGAGAGCCCAGUAUUUUUGUAAAAUGCAUACAACACUGACUCACUGUCAAAUGUGAUAUUCCUUGAAGACUUCACAAGAAUUGUAAAGUUGUAAGAGAAAGAAUGGGCGUAAUGUACUAUGCACCUUUCCCCUCAUGGGAAAGCAUAAUCUGAAAAGACAUUUCAUUUUUUUGUAAAUGAACACUGAACAUCAACUGAAAGGUGAUGUCGGGUUCACUGUAAAAAAUGUGAGAAAAUACAAACUCCGAGGAGACACCAUCCUUCCCUCUUGAAACGCAAACCUGUGCUGAACAGUUGUAUAAGACGAGCCUCUUCCCUCCACUGCUGUAGGCUGGCCGUUACUUGCAUGUGUGUUUUGUUUCUUCCGAUUCCCUUGGUGUUAGGGCAUGGAAGUGGUAUACCUUGAAUCAGUAGCUAAUAAAGCACACCAGGCUUCUGCAAUA